CGAUUAAGAAGCUCAGGAAAGGUUAUGGGCGGAAGCGCCGACCUAUCAGGCUGUUUGACACCGGAAGAGGAUGGACCUAAGAUGACGGCGCCCAGGGGCGCUGGGAAUAGCCACUCAUGUCUGUGAACGGAGCUGUGUGGGGUCGCGUGCGAAGCCGCCUCCGCGCCUUCCCCGAGCGGCUGGCCGCCUGCGGGGCCGAGGCCGCGGCGUACGGCAGGUGCGUGCAGGCCUCCACGGCCCCAGGCGGCCGCCUGAGCAAGGACCUCUGCGUGCGGGAGUUCGAGGCCCUGCGGAGCUGCUUCGCCGCCGCGGCCAAGAAGACGCUGGAGCGAGGCUGUUAGGAGGGACUCUGAGCUUCACACCUGUCUGCUGCUGUGGGUGCGGUGCCCUCGUCCUGAUGGCCCCUGGUGGCACACAUUGAAUGCCUAGGGCAGAAAGGAAGUGGGAAUGGCGAAGAUGUGACGUUCCUGGGUGUUAGAUCCUGUGUUUCUUCUUCUUAACAAGUUGAGGCGUGGGUAGAGCAGGAAUUGGUUUUCCAGUGUUGUGUCUGUAAAUCUGAGUUAGAAUAAGAUGUAAUGGAAGCCACGAUAAAGACUCCGUCAAGUCCUGCA